AUGUUCACGAGUGCUCAUGCUGUAAUAUCGGUUGCCUCGUGCUGCCUCUCGCCAGUUGGCCCAAUAAAAACAAAAAGCGGAUAUUCUUAUUUCAGUCGUCCGAAUCGCUGGAAUCACGGAAGCCCGCACUUCCGGUUGGCGCGCAAUCUCAAGAAGAAGUAUUGCCGUCAGAUCAAACCGCGCGUUCUGCCGUUCUACUGCGAUAAUUGCCAUUUGGCGACGCGACGCCUUGAGCUCAUCCGUUUUCAUCCGUGCGAGGUCGAAGAGAAGAAGAAGAAGGAGGGCAGUCGACGCUACACACCAUAUGACUUUAGUCAGGACUUGAAAAUUGCACAAAUUGGGCAUAAGUCGAUGCGCAAAGAUGCGAUGGCGGUGAUGGAACGGACGCCGAAACCGCAGCAUGUCAAAUUGGCAACGUUUGAGACGGUUAAAGAAGGCGAGCCUCAGGUCAUUCGACGAGUUCCAACUCUACAGGACCUCUGCCACGCUGCGUUGGAAUUUGAUAUGCCGAUCGACUGUGCUCCAGUGGACGAGGUUAUGACGAAAGAGGUUCCGUUCAAAAUCCCAGAGCACAAGAAGGAAUGCUGGCUUCACUCAUCGAGCGCAACAUUCUGCUUCCGCUGCCGAGAGCUUUUCAACAACUAUAGCGACUAUUCGGAACAUCUCGAGAAUCCGACUAAUAUUCUGUGCAAGACGUCGAUUCCCGAAUAUCAAUCAGUUCAGAAAACCGAAUGCGUUGGCACGAUGACAAACUCAAUGGCUUAUCGCCGCCGGCGCCACAAACCGGUGAAGCGCAACAUUUCCGAUAUUCGUUGCACACUCUGCCAUGCGGGUAACUUCGAAUCAACCGAUGCGCUCUAUUCGCACAUGCUAAAGUGCACACCCUAA